AUGCUUGGUAGGAAGUUUGUCAUCAAUGAUUAUCUAUCGCCAUAUCAAUCUUCGAAGCUUAAAGCAUCGUUGUAUUCCUUCUUCAAUGAGCACAAACCUUUAGGCACCAGCGUACCGCCGGGGUAUCAUUUUGCCUACUACAACCCACAGACUUUUGAAGGUGAGCUCUCAAAAGAUGGGUACGAUUCCUAUCAGCAGCCCCAGGAUGAUACAUUUAGGCGAAGAAUGUGGGUUGGAGGCCAGAUGGACUUCAUCAAGCCUCUAGAGCUCGGAAAGGAGUCACAGUGUAACGAAACGAUAACAAGGUUCAGAAGACUAAAGGACAACUUCUUUGUUGACAUUUCGAGAGAAAUGGUACAAGAUGGGGAGAUAAGAUUCAAAGAGCUUAGACAAUUGAUAUAUACAAAUCACACAUUUGAUCCUGCAAACAGUGUGACAAAGAUCGCUUCAGAACGACCAACACACACCCAUCAGUUGACUCCAACUGAGAUACUACUCUUUAGAUACUCUGCAUUGACAUUCAACCCGCACAAGAUUCACUACAACAAGGAGUACUCGCAACGUGAGGGCUAUCCUGAUCUACUAGUCCAUGGACCAUUGAUGGUGACCUUAUUGCUAGAAUGGGCAACUUCAAUGUAUGCCGGUUUGAAGGUCCAGUCAUUCAAGUACAAAAACUCAUCCCCGGCUUUUGUCAACCAACCUUUGAGACUAUGUCAAUCCGGUUCUGAUGCACAGAUGAAACUGUGGAUUGAAAAUUCCCAAGGAUUUAUAGUUACUGAAGGAUUAUUAACAUCAUCCUAG